AUGAGGCAUUUGAUUCACCAGUUCAAAGCUCUCUUCUGGAAGAACUGGCUCUGUCGUGUGAGGCAACCGAUCUUGUCUUUCUCUGAAGUCCUCUGGCCAUGUAUGCUCUUCCUAAUUCUGGCUGUAAUUCGUUUCCAGGAGCCACCAACCCAGAAAGAGAACUGUUACUUAGAAGCCCGGGAUUUACCAAGCCGAGGCCUGUAUCCUUUCGCUCAGAGCCUUUUUUGCAAUACGGGCUCAAGGUGCCGAAACAGCAGCUCCACCACUCAGAGAAACAGUAGUUUCCGGACUUCUAGUUUCCAGCGUGGUCAGAACAGCAUAAUGGGGAUGGACAUGACCUUUCUGAAAGAGAUUCAGGAACUUGUGCAGGGAAUUUUAGAGACCACUGAGAAAGCAACUGUUUUACAAAGGCUUUGGGAAGAAGAAGCUACGCUCUUGGGUCCUGCAGAUGGCUCCACAUUCUUAGGUAUGAAUUUGAACGAAACCGAGGAGAUGAUUUCUAAAGUUGAAAGUCUCCAUCAUCAGCCUUACUUCUGGGAUCUGCUCUACUCUCUGCCAUGGCUUCAGACAGGUAGCUUUCCCCAAGAACAUGGGGUCGAGUAUCUAUCAAAGCUCUUGCGGACAAUUCAAAAUUCCUUAAUGUUCUUGGAAGAAUUAGAUGUGAUGCCAUCAAAUCAAAUGUUUUACGUGGCCCUGAAAACAGGACUGAAUGCGACCACUGCAGCACUGCAGGCCUGGAAUGGGGAAGGUUUUCAAUAUAACCUCUCUCUUUCGGAUAUUGUAUGGAACCCAUAUGUUGUUAUUACUGAACUUGAAUCACAAUUUGGAUUUGAAAAGAUUCAGAUUGAAAAGAUACUAAACUAUACGAUAAAGCUAAGUGAGAUUCCCACCAAAGGUACACUGGGGCAGUUUGUGUGUUCAGUCUUGGCCACAGUGUCAGGGGCUGAAGCUGACAAAGGAGGCAAUGAAAGCUGUAUCUUCUCACCAUGGCCGGAAGCCAAGGCCUAUCUUGUCCAUUCUGUCAACCAGAUCAAACUCUACACAAAGGUCUUCCAGCAGUGGAUUUCCAGCAAUAGACCUCCUAAGAAGAUCUUGACUGGGCUUGAACAAAACAUAGUUAAUCUCAUAUCUCAGCAUCCUGUGAUGAGUGAAAUAUGGAAGCAAUACUAUAAAACCAGCAAUAAUAUCAUUCAGAAUUGGAAGGAAACCCCAGAAUGUAAUUCUACAGAUGGUAGUUGUAAACCUCUGGAUAUAACAUUAUUCGUGAACAAACUGCAGGUGGCCAUUCAGCAUUUGUUUCAAUGGCCAGUUAUGAAGAAACUUACUUUUGUGGAUGCAGCUGUAAGGAAUGUAAUGCUCCAGAAUACAUACUUCAUUAAAGAAGCUUUUCAAAACCUGGAGAAUUUGGUGCACAACACUAAAAGAGAGGAGUUCAUGCACAUAGACACUGGAACAGUCUUUUUGGGGCUAAAACAGAUUCUGAUGAAUGAUGUCCCCUAUGCCUGCAAAGCUGAUGUUACGGCUUUUGAAAAGAACUUUGGGCUGCCACAAGACUCCAAAGUCAGAAAUGUCCUUGAAGUGUUCAUGUGCCAUAAAAACCAUUCCAAUGUGUCCUCUAAGUUAAGAGAACGAAUCCAGCUAAUAGAGGAAUCUGUCCAGCUCCUGCAAAGCGCAAUGCAAGGACAACCUGGCAUGCCAGUUUCAAUCAAUGAAAGCUAUUUGGGCUGGCAAGAGAUAGGAAAGCAGCUCACUGAGACCAGUGCCAUUUGCUAUAAGAUUAAGAAAUUACUGAGCAAGACAGAGUCUGUGGAGAGUGUCUCUUUCAGCUCUUGUCAGCAGCAGCUCAUCCAAUCACUGAUUAUUGCAUCUGUUAAAGAGCUUUUGAGGUCAGAAAAAAACUGGCAGCAAUUUGAAGAGAUGGCACAAGUCUUCAUCCCACAUUUUGUGGAAUUCAUCCAAAAAUUUAUUCUGCCUCAUUCUUCAGUCUCCUUGAGUAAUCAGGACCUUCAAUUCAUUAUAAAAACCUUUCUAGAUAAUACAAUCUUUAACAGUUUGGACAAGACGGAGGCAGAAGAAUCCCCUACUAAUAACCAUGUGCUUCCUGAACUCACCACUGGCAUAUUGGAGAAUUUCCAACUUCUUGCAACGUUUUUUCAUGAUCCUCAGUCUGAUGGAAUUCUGGAAUUGAUAGAAACAUUACUGCAUGAAUCCAACACCAAGAAGCCACAUUUCUGGAGGCCUGAACACAUGGUAAAAGAAGUAGCUGAAGGAUUAAAAGUUUUAUCCAGAAUGGCAAUGCCUUGGGUUCUAGAAAAUCAGAGGGUUCUCAACAGAAGCUUGCAAUUUUUCCAGCACUUCCUGACCGACUGGCCUGAAUCGACUGUUUUGAACAUCGAUUAUGUGCACAAUUUAAGUGAACAUUUCAUAAAGGUUCUCUAUGAGAUUGGACUGCUUUCUCCAGAACAUGCUGCGGCAGCCUUUAGCACAAUUUACACUGUGAGAAAUGCCGUUUCCCUUCUGGUGUCAGAUAUAACUUCUGCAACUGACAUGCAAGAUUGGGAGAAAAUUGUCUCAAAUGUCUACCCCAAAAUCUACAGUGUAGUGGACAACCAUGCUGAUUUGCUUGUCCAAACACUUUCUUCUCUCUAUCAUGAUGUCGACCAGUUCCUAAGGAUGCAGAGCAAUAGCUCCUUGGGGGUGCUCUUCUACCAACUCUCGAGAAAUGUUUCAGCUUCUUCCCUGCAAACUGACUUGAGCAAGGCUUUUGAGCUUAUAUCUCAUACUGUGAUGCUCCUCCGGGAACUUCCUCAAAAACCUCUCUGUGAAAAGCUGGUAAUGCUUUAUGACUACAUAGAACUCCAAACUCAGUCCUUAAUACAAACUGGCAAACAGGAGUUGGAGACUAUAGCAAACACAUUUAAUAAUUACAAAGCGACAUUCCUGAGCAAGCAACGUUGUAUUGAGUCUUUUCAAUAUUUGAGACAACUUUCUGGCAUCCCAACAGAAAACCCAUUAAGUAACGGAUCUAUUGAUGAUUUCUACAUAUCUGAAAUCACCUCUGUGAAUCACUCCAACUCAUUUCUGCUUCUGCUGUUUGGUCCUCUCUUCAAUGCAUCAUCUCUGCUAAAUGAGACAAACGGGCCUUUAUCCAUUCAUUGUACUGGUGUGUGGUUUCAAAUGUGGCUUAAGGUUUUGGAAGAUGUGUCUAAAUGGUUGAGGCUAGAUUCAGAUUUUUUCACUGAGCUUCACAAUGCCUUGGGCCCCUUUUUGGAUGGUUCUGAAAAUAUUGCUCAGGAAGAAAUGUGCAACAAGACCAUUGCUGUCCGUAUGCAAAUUAAAUCAGUGUUGCAUCUGCUGAAAAGCAUGACUGAAAUUGCUGAUUCAUCUGAUUUUGAGGCAUUCAGCCAUCUUGCUGCUGCCCUUAACCAUGCUGUAGGCACAACCAGUUCAUAUAGCGGAGAGGAAUUGGAAGAAGUGCUGCAAAUAGUAGAAAACACAACAGUUGAACUGCAUCAGGUUCUAUCAGAAGCUAACUUUAGCAGGGACUUUCUGGAUUCUUGGAUUGAUGCUUUCACACACCCCACUUCUAAACUGGAAUAUAAAUUACAUUCCUUUGGGAAAUCUUCCUCAAACCUUCUUUCUUGGAAAGAAUUCCAAACAAGUUUUGCUGAACUAAGAAAGACUACUGAACUUCUCAAAAAACUUUCCCAGGAACAGGAUCUUCAGUCCUGCACUGAGAUUCUCCAGAAUAUAACCAAGCUAAUGUCAGGUGAUGAUUUGAGUCCACCAAAUAUUUCACAGAAGUGGUUUCCUGCACUUUUAAAAUCUCUGCUAACCUUUGAAAAUGCAGCAAGCAGCAUUAAAGGCUGUAAUACAUGGGUGUUCCUUAGCGAAGCUUUCUUAGAGAAAGACUCCUAUUCCCAGUUUGAGAAUGCUAAAGAUAUCUUAAUUAUACUGACAUCUUUGAGCACUUUUAAUGAGAUGAAUAGUAGACUAGAGAAUAUCUCAGAUAUUCUUCACAUGGCCUUUAGUCUUGCAAAUUUUCCCUCUUUACAAAAUGUUACAGAUGCACAUUUGAGAACUGUUUGUGUCAACCUUGUGAUCAAUUACUUAAAAUUAAUAUUGCCUACUUUUUCUGAAGAAGAAAACAAAUUAGUUGACUUUAUCCUCACCCUCUUUAAUUACACAGGUGGGCAAAUUAACACCUUAAUCCCAUAUUUAGCAGCUCACUCAUUAUAUGCCUUUGACUCAAAUCAGGAAACUUUUUUAGAUGCCUUCAUGGAUUCAACUGGAUUUCCAAGUUUUCUUCAACACUUCUGGCCUUCUUCAGUAGAACUCUCGAGAGAAAUUCAAACUCUCCUAAGAAAGGUGUCUUCUGAACAUCUACAAAAUAGCUCAUUCCCUUGGCACAGUGAAUUUUUUCUCAAAGCUCUUGAAAACCUCCAACAAUACAGUAUAAACUUACAAAAAGGCCCCUUUCCAUAUUUGUUUCAUUACUUUAAGGAUGCCUUGUCUCUGAGUAUGCUAAAUGUUCUCAACUCGAGUUUCCAUCCAGUGCAAAAUGCAACUAAUCUUGAUAUUGGACGAAUAAGAGAAGCUCUUGCAAUCCUGAAAUCUUAUAACCUUCCUAAUACUCCAGGUGAAUUAGGUGAGGAGGUCUUCCCUGUGCAUAUGGCAGCCCUGUUGCAAAAUCUUGAGAAUACAAAUGGAGACCACUUAAUCAAACAACUGAGACAGAUCAGCAAGAGCCUGAGCUACAUUCUUAAAAAAGCCAGUGGGGGUCAGUAUGCAGCUGAGUCUGUGGUGGAUGUUGUCGCAGCGUGGUUAGAUAGUAUUAACAAUGCCUCACAGUCAUGGAAUCUGACAGGCUUGCGGCAGAUCAUGCAGUUACUCCAAGAGACUGAGUUUACUGAAGUAAUGCAAAUUCUUCACAUUUUUCCAGAGGUAGCCAGUUUUUUAGAGAGGAUAGCUCACAAAAACAUCACAGACACCCUGACUGAGGUGUACCAGUUCGCCCUGAAACAAAAUGCAAGCAUGGCAGCGCUUUCCAAGGAGGCAUUAUCCAAGGAAGUCAAUAGCCUUCUAGAAUUACUGGAGCAAGCAACUGAUAUGUCCAAAGAGUCUGCAGAAGCUUUGAGGUGUCUUACUGCAGUCAUUUGCUGGAACAUCACCACAACAACCCCCUGGUCGUGCAAUUUAGACAUGCAAAACCAUUCCUUAUCAAUUCACGACAUGCCUGCUGGUGUGCAUGAGCCGCUCGAUGCAACAGAAUUAUUGGGCAAAUCAGCAUGCUCUGAUGAAUAUUAUCUCAAGAAGGUAACAUUCCAAAUGGCCUGUUUUCUCCACCAACUUGAAGAGUGGCAUCCCAUUAUCUUAAAGUUUUCCACAUUUCACCAAGUUAACAUCUCCGUCCUAAAUGAACUUCUGGGAUUUUGGAAUAAACUCUCAAGCUAUGUUCUGACUUCCAGAGGCAAUACUAACAACUCAAAUAAUUGUAUUUUGGUUGGGAAGAAGCACAAAUCUUUCCCGCUCAUAGAAGUACUAAGUAACAUGACUUCAUCUGAGAUCAUAUUAGUCAAGGCUCUUUUUGAACAACUUGCAGAUUUAUAUGGUACCCAAAACAAAGACAGGAACACUCAAGGUUUAAGGAUGGAAACGAUCCUUACCAGUGUUAAAAAUAUGGCCAGUGGGGCAUUUGGAGUAAAUAAUACUGAAGAUGCCUUGAUAUCUUUCCUUUCGGCAGUACAGCCUUUAAUGAUGUUGUCUACCCCUGGAAAUCAAAUGUACAUGGUGCUUAGAGCCUUAUUAGCGGUAGCUAGGAAUGAUAGUCUGAUAGACAGCUUGGAGACGCUGUGGCUUGACACAGAGAGAGACAUUGAAAGUCUGUUGUUAGAUUUUAAUAUUAGGCAUUUCCUGUCAUUGAUUGACAAAGGAAUCCAACGGUUAAGCAUGGCAGUAGGGCCACAUACUCUAUUGUCACUUGUACAUGUCUUAAGAUCAUUAAAGAACUUCAAUGAAACAUCAUUAAAGAACUUUGAAGAUGUCCUUGAGCUUGGGAGAAACUGGCUACAAGAAUUUAAGAAUAAAAACUAUUCUAAAGGAAUACAUGCACUAGUCCUACUAAUGGCUGGCAAAUCAUCACCAAAUGGGAUAGUGCAGAGCAUCAAGGAUAUAAUAUACUUUUUGGAAAUUCUGCUUAAUGUGAUAUACGAUCUUACGACUAAAGAGGAGGAAUUGCAUUCCAAUGAUACAGAUCUUCAGAUAAUGGAGUUCAUUGACCUGUUCUUUGAUGACACACAGUAUGAAAACUACAGAACAGAUAUCACUCCAUUCCAAAGCAGGACGAUGGAAUUAAUUAAAGAAUUCUUGCAAAUCUUCUUUCCAUCUCCCACGGAGCAUUACAGGAACAAAAUAUUUUUCUUGCUAAAGGACAUACAUAAGGAUAUCAUUGCAGAAAUGAGUGUAUUCCCCAGGGACAAAAUCUUAGCAUUUUUAAAUCUCAGUCAGUUGGAUAACCUCAGUGAAGAUGUUGAGGAGGUUACACAAAACAUCACCUAUUCAAGUCUUGGAGAUUACAUAUAUGGCUUAUUAAAUGAAGUAGCCGUGCCUGCAGGUGGAAUCUUUCAUUUCGACAGGGCCAAAGGGCUGAAUUUGGCAAGAGAAUUUCUUAAUAUUUUGUUCAGAAAUUCCGCAGUCAAGGAAGUCACAAGAAAUCACGAGGAACUGUUGGCUUUUAUGAACUACAUGCUGCUUAGUGCGAAUAACUCCUGGGAUCUAAUUCAGUGGCCUCAAAAUCGCUCUACGACUCACCAGUUUAUGAAACAAAUCGAAAACUUCCUGGGUAUUCUGGCUCAGAACAAUUUCCCUCCCAGACUGAAAGAAAUUGCUUUCGCCAAUUUAACAGAAUUGUUUACCUCAGUUAACACUGCUUUUCUGUUGACAAAUAAAAAUAACAUGGUGGCGAUACAAAAAUUACUUCAGAUCCUCUUCUGGAGUAGUAGAGCUAACUAUACUGAUUGGCCCUUUUCAGAGAUAUAUUAUGUUUUUAAAUCUGUGUUUGAGGAAAAUGAUGACUUUGGGCAACUCGGAAAAGUAAUAGAAGUUGUAUUUAGGUUCCUGACACUGUCCGGUAAAACUUUGAAGCAUUUGUUUUCCAUUUCUGAAGCAUCCCUGAGCUCAAAUGCAUUGGACAAACCCAAUUCCCUUGAGGUGGCUUUUUUUGCUCUUGAAAAAGCUAUUAGUCGCGCUGUUGAAGAGAGGAGCUUGAUGAAAGAUGUGGAAAUGCUGUAUUCAAAUGAAGGGCAACUAGUUGGCUUGAGGAAGGCAUUUCUUGAUUUGAUCUCCUUGAUGAUUCCGCUUAAUCAAUCUAAUUUGAAUGGGUCUGAUGUGGCAAUGACAGUUGCUAAAUUGGUUGGAAACUGGAGUAAAUUGAGGGAUGUAUUAGUAGAUGAAAUUGCUGAUUUUUUAACAAGUACAUCCAAUUAUUCCAUUGUGCUGGAGAAGCUUGUUGAGGUGGUAGCCAGCACCACCAUGAACUCUUCCAAGGAAGCUUUCAGUCUAGUGCAAAAUCUUCUUGACUUUGUGUCACCAAUUAACAGCUUGAUAGGAAUAAUGGAUUUCAAUCGGAUUUUUACUCCAAACCUGAACCAGGGGGGAAAAAGAGAUGUAAUUCAGGAAACAAUUUCUUACUUAUUCAAGAUGUAUUUGCAAAACAAUAUGGAAAGCAAGUCUGCCAUCAGAGCUGUGUCAGAUCUUUUGUCUAAAGUCUCUUGGAAAAACUUCAUGUCAGAGAAGGACUUGGAUACAUUUCUUACUGUUAUAAAAAGACAAGAUGGCAUCCCAAUGGUUUCCGAUAUCAUUAUGGAGUUGUUUGAUCUAACAUCAAAUUUGACCAGAGGACAUUUGGGCACAUUAUCCUUUCUCAACGAUCCUAUAAUCCAACAUGCCAUUGAACUAUCCAUCCUUCGUUUGCUUAAUAAGACAUCUCCUUUAAGAGGUCUGCCUCACUUCAAUAAAAAUCAGGAAGAGGUCUUCAUUCAAGGCUUAAUCCAAACUAUGUUGAGGACUGAUUUAAAUGAAAGUAUCAUAGAAGGAAAUCAAGAUGUAAUUGCAAAUGAUGUUCUGAAGCUCAUACAUGAUUUUGGCGUGCCAUUUGAAACACUGUCAUCUAGUGAAAAAUACACAGAUCAUUUGGUUUUCCUGGUGAAACAAUGGCUCAAGGACCAAAGAAUCUAUGAGAUGUGCCAAGCUCUUCACAGGCAUUUAAACCCAGAAGUUGCCCUCCUGCUGUGGAAAUUGCAGGCUGCAGCUUUGAAUGUAUUGACAGCCUUUUCAGAUAAUACUACUUUUAUUGACUAUCUCCAAUGUGCCUUUAAGAGCUGUAAGUAUGGCUUAACGAGGCACUUUUUCCUCUUUGUCCUUGAAGGAAUCCAUUUGGUUCGUGCUCAAUAUCAGCAUACUGUGAAAGCCUGGACAGCUUCCACGCAAGGAGAUUGUGAAGACUUCGUAUCUCUAAAAAGGAAGCUUUAUACUACUUUGUCUGAGUUUCAAAUACACAUCCAAAACAUCACUGAAAGCAGCUGUGAAUGUCAAGAUGCCUCGGAAAACAUUAGCAAACACAUGCAAAUGUUAACUGAGACCCUAGAGAUAGCUCUAUCUGGGAACCCGCUGGUGGCUCUCCUUAAUAACUUCAGUCUGCCGACAGACGUGAAGCUAAAAGACUUUGUGCAGAAUACCACGGAGUUGGCCCGAGAGCUUAGUUCCUUAACCAGCAUUUCCGACGAAACGAUCACUAUUGUCAUGGAAUCCAGUAUCGCACAGCCAAAGUUUCUCUCUAGUAUCCUCGCAGCCGCUUUAGCUGGAAGUUGUGAUGUGGAAACAUUUAGCCCGUUGACGAAGUUUCCAGUAGAGGAGAAAACUCAUGCUGCCAUUGAGGAACUUUGUUCUCUGCCACCACAGGAAUUGUACACCAUGACUAUACUACUCCUGCAGAACCUGAAUCUACGCAAUAUCAUUUACAAGGCCAAAAUACCAUCAGAAGUAGACAACUUACUCAACACACUGUUGGAUGUCGUGUCCAGCAUCAGUUUCCUUCUAAAUAAAGCUCAACAUGUCUUUGACAACCUUCCAGCCUUCCUUCAGACAUUUAAAAGUGCAUCGCUACUUGAUAUCUCUUCUUUUCAAUCGAUCUUCCAAAGUGGGCAACCUAGAAGUCUCGCUGCUAAUUCCCUGCAGUCCAUCAUUACGGCUGUGUGUAAAGGAGAAUCUUCAUUCUUCAGCAGCACGGAUAUGUUCAUUGACAUGCCUAGAAUCACAGAGGUUUUGGAGGAGGACAUGGCGAAAUUCAGCAUUCCUGAAGACUCAACACCAUUUUGCUUGCAGCUUUAUCAAGAAAUUUUAUUAUCACCCAAUGGAGCUCUGAUUUGGACUUUCCUCAAGCCAUUGUUGCACGGGAAGAUACUGUAUACCCCCAACACUGAGAAAAUUAACUUGGUAAUUCAAAAGGCUAAUCACACAUUCAGGUUUGUGGAGAACUUAAAGAUAUAUUCUGAGGCAUGGCUUCGAAUGACAGAACUUGUUCAAAAUAGCGAAAGCUUUCUUAUGAUCAGCCAGUUGCAGGACGCAAUGCAGAAUGCUUUUAUAAAGAACUUUGUAGAGAGCCAAUUGAAUGUGGAUGUGGACGAGCUAGUAAGGAAACUGAGAGUAUACGAGACCACGAUAGAGAAAAUGCUUAACAACUCAGCAACUGAGCAUAUUAACCGAAUGGCAUGGCUCAUGGUUAACAUUUCUUCCUGUCUUUUACUGGAGCGUUUCCAGCCCGUUGAAUCUGUGGAGAAAUUGGAGGCAAAGGCCCAUGAACUCAUGAAGCAAAAUAAUUUCUUAGCUAGUGUCAUCUUUAAUACCUCAAGCCCCAAGGGGGAUGGAGCAGAUUUUGUCCACGAGCUCCCCAAACAUCUCUCAUACACCAUUCGAACAAGUGUCCUGUACAGCAUGAGAACAGAUCUGAUCAAGAACCCAGUGUGGAAAUCCCAUCCUCAAAAUUUACCAGCUGAUGGAUUCAAGUAUAACCACAUCUUCAUUCCUCUGCAAGACAUGAUAGAAAGAGCCAUCAUUUCGGUGCACACUGGAGUAGAUGUCCUGGAUGCAGGAGUACAAGUUCAAGCUAUGCCUUAUCCCUGCCAUACCAGUGACCUGUUCUUGAACAAUAUUGGUUUCUUUUUCCCACUAAUAAUGAUGCUAACAUGGAUGGUAUCGGUGGCUAGCAUGGUCCGAAAGCUUGUUUAUGAGAGAGAAAUUCACCUUGAAGAGUACAUGAAGACCAUGGGGGUGCACCCCGGUGUUCAUUUUGCAGCUUGGUUUCUGGAGAACAUUGUUGUACUCGCUAUAAGUAGCUGCGCUCUGACCAUCAUCUUAAAAGUGAGCCACAUUUUUGCCCAUAGCGACGGCUUCCUUGUCUUCCUCUUCUUCCUGGAUUUUGGCGUUUCAGUCACCAUGCUAAGCUACCUGCUCAGCGCGUUCUUUAGCGCUGCCAACACUGCUGCUCUCUGUUCUAGUUUGGUGUAUAUGAUUAGCUUUUUGCCCUACAUCAUCUUGUUGGUUCUUCAGAAUCAGUUGAACUUUGCCCAGCAAACAUUUGUGUGCUUUCUUUCUACAACUGCCUUUGGGCAUGGAGUGUUUUUCCUUACAUUAUUUGAAGGACAAGAAAUAGGAAUUCAUUGGCGCAACUUAUACCAGCCCUUGGCACAAGGAGCAUCUAUGACUUUUGGAUGGGCAUGUUGGAUGAUUCUUUUUGACUCCAUCCUUUAUUUUAUAGCUGGAUGGUAUUUCAGCAAUAUAAUUCCCGGAAGGCUUGGAUUAAGACGGUCAUGGUGCUUUCCUCUUUCACUCUCUUAUUGGAAGAAUGUGUGUGGUAUUAGAAGCAAAAAGCGAACGUAUCUAAGUCCUGCUAUGUUUUUCUUCAAUGAAAACUUCCAGGACAUGGGAACCGAUUUGGAGUCAGACAGGGAGGGGGAGGAGAAAGGUGAAACCCCAGUAGGUGUUAUGCUGAUGUCACUUACUAAGGAAUACAGUGAGAACAACAAGAUUGCUGUUAAAGAUCUCAGCCUUGCUUUCUACAAAGAUCAGAUCACAGCAAUCCUGGGUCCAAAUGGAGCUGGAAAGACAACAGUCCUAUCAAUGCUGACAGGUCUAUACCCUCCUAGCUCUGGUUCCAUUAUCGUCAAUGGGAGGGAUAUGGAGACAGAACUUGCUGCCAUUAGGACAGAGAUGGGAGUAUGCCCUCAAUACGAUGUGCUGUUUGACACCUUGAGCGUUCAGGAACAUCUGCUUCUUUUUGGGUCUGUGAAGGCCCCUUUCUGGACGAAGAGGCAGUUGCAUCAGCAAGUCAGUAGAGCCCUGAUGGAUGUGGGAUUAUUCCAGCACCAGUACAAACAUAUUGGAGCCCUGUCGGGAGGAAUGAAGAGAAAGCUUUCCAUUGCCAUUUCUUUCAUUGGAAACUCAAAGACUGUGGUCCUGGAUGAGCCCACCAGCGGUGUAGACCCAUGUUCACGGCGUGACAUCUGGGAUAUUCUGCUCAAGUACAGAGCAGGCCACACGGUGAUCUUCACCACUCAUCACCUCGAUGAAGCCGAAAUAGUGAGUGACCGCAUUGCCAUCCUGCAGCAUGGGCAGCUGAGAUGUUGUGGUUCACCAUCUUACCUGAAGGAAACAUACAGCCAAGGACAUAGCCUCACCUUCACAAAAAAGCCCUCUCCAUUUUCAGUUGAAGACUCUGGAGCUACCCUUCGUAUUACAUCUCUGGUUCAGGCCUACAUACCACAAGCAUUCCUGAAAGAGAACAGUGGGAGUGAGUUGACCUACAUGAUCCCAACAGAGGCUGAUAAGGCCUCCUUUAAAGGCCUUUUCCAGACUUUGGAUGCAAACCUUCACUAUCUCUGUGUGACUGGCUAUGGUAUUUCUGAUACCACCUUGGAAGAGGUGUUCUUGAAACUACUGCAGAGCACAGAGAAGACAUCAUAUCUUCCAGUGGUCACGGACUUGGAGUUCACUCAAGCGAACAGCAGAGAAUCAACACAUAGAAAUGGUAAUUCUCCCAUGGAGGUCUCAGUCAUUCACGGAGGAAGGCUUGUUCUCGCCCAGAUUGCUGCCCUUCUAAUGAAGCGCCUUCAUCACACCAGGCGAGACUGGCGGGGAACUCUGUCAAAUAUUCUACUACCUGUCAUCUUUGUUGCCAUGGCAAUGGCCUUGUUUACCGUGAAGCCAUUGGCUAUUGAUUAUCCUUCACUUAAGCUUACUCCGGGACUUUAUGACAAUGUCGAAUCCUUUUUUAGCAGCGAAGAUGAUGACCUUCCCCGUCUCCUGUUGCGGUAUUUUACAGAUGAGGAUGACUUGUGCAUGCAUUCAAGUCAUGGCAUGUCGCUUUUCCAUCCUUGGUGGGCAGCUGGCAUUGUUCUUUCCACACUGGCUACAUGCCCAUCAUCAAAUACUUCUGUUCCUUAUAUGAAGAACAAGAAAGGACAUAUCUUAUAUAACCUUUCAGGCCUCAAUGUUGAAGAAUACUUAAUCAGGCCAUCCAAUGUAACAAGAUAUGGAGGCUGGUCUUUUGGAAGGAGAACACCAAUUGAACUUCACAACCUGAAAGUAAAUAUGUCACCCCAUAAUCCUCUGGCCAAGGUAUGGUACAGUCAGAAAGGAUUCCAUUCUUUGCCUUCCUAUUUAAAUCAGCUAAACAACCUUCUUCUGUGGAAGAAUCUGCCAUCAGAUUUCAGUUGGAAACAGUAUGGAAUCACACUCCACAGCUGUCCAUAUGGAGGUGCACUGCUGGAUGAGGAUAAGAUAAUGGAGAAUGUCCGUCAGUGUGGAGUAGCCCUAUGCAUCAUGUUGGGGUUCUCAAUCCUUACUGCCUCCAUUGGAAGUUCAAUGGUUAAAGACAGGGUUUCGGGGGCAAAGCGGCUGCAGCACAUCACUGGACUUGGCUAUAAGACAUACUGGUUUGCUAAUUUUCUUUAUGACAUGCUGUUGUAUCUGGUUCCAGUCAGCCUGUGCGUUGGCAUUAUUACUGUCUUCCAGCUAUCAGCCUUCACUUUCCGCGAGAACUUGGCAGCCACUGGUCUCCUGCUGAUUCUCUUCGGUUAUGCAACUUUUCCAUGGAUGUACCUGAUGUCACGGUUCUUCUCCAGUUCAGACGUUGCAUUCAUUUCUUACCUAUCCUUAAAUUUUGUGUGUGGUCUUUGCACCAUGCUGGUGACCCUUCUUCCUCGUUUGUUAGCUGUGAUUUCGAAAGGAAAGAGCUUUCAGAGUAUCUACAGUAUUCUCAAAUGGGCCUUCAUUGUUUUCCCACAAUUUUGUUUAGGCCAAGGUUUAAUAGAACUUGCCUAUAACCAAAUUAAGUUUGACCUGACAAUUAACUUUGGAAUCAAUUCAUAUGUGACUCCUUUCGAGAUGGAUUUCUUAGGCUGGAUCUUCGCAGAGAUGGCCCUGCAGGGCACCCUUCUCCUGCUGCUGCGUGUUCUAUUGCAUUGGGACCUGCUCCAAAAACCAAGGGGCUACAUCACCAGCACCUCAGUCAUCCCUUCAGAAGACACAGAUGUAGAGCAGGAGCGUAAAAGGCUUUUUGGAGGAAAAACCAGUAACGAUAUCCUUCUACUGUACAAUCUCAGGAAGAGUUAUUGGGGUUUCAGCAAGAAGAACACUGCUGUGAAAGACAUCAGCUUGGGGAUACAGAAAGGAGAGUGCUUUGGCCUCCUGGGAGUGAAUGGAGCAGGGAAAAGCACCACAUUCAAGAUGUUGACUGGAGAUGUGACUCCAUCAGCAGGACGUGCUGUUAUCCGGACUCCUACAGGAUGCGAAAUGGAUAUAUCGUCUGCAGGCUCUGAAGGCAUUCUCAUUGGCUACUGUCCACAACAGGAUGCUCUAGAUGACCUUCUCACCGGUUGGGAACAUCUCUAUUAUUACUGCAAUCUACGUGGAAUUCCCAAGCGGUUUAUUCAUAAGGUGGCUGGAGACCUAGUUAGUCGGUUGCACUUGGAUGCUCAUGCUGACAAGCUGGUGAGAACAUACAGUGGAGGGACGAAGAGGAAGCUUUCAACAGCCUUGGCCUUAGUUGGCAAGCCUCACAUUCUUCUGCUGGAUGAACCAAGCUCUGGAAUGGAUCCCUGUUCAAAGAGAUACCUCUGGGAAACUAUCACAAAGGAAGUCCAGGAUGGUUGUGCUGCUGUUCUGACAUCACAUAGUAUGGAAGAGUGUGAAGCCUUGUGCACACGGCUGGCUAUUAUGGUCAACGGCAGUUUUAAGUGUCUCGGUUCUCCUCAGCACAUUAAAAACAGGUUUGGCGAUGGCUAUUCAGUCAAGGUGUGGCUAAACAAAGAAGUAAUUUGCCAAAGUGCCAUUAUGGACUGUCUGCUGUUUCAUUUUCCUGGAACGCUUUUCAAGGGACAACACCUUAACCUGCUGGAAUAUCAUGUACCACAAAGAUGGGGCUGCUUAGCAGAGCUUUUCAAAGUUUUAGAGAGAAACAAAACUGUUCUGCAAAUUAAACACUACUCCAUUAGCCAAACGACUUUAGAACAGGUAUUUAUUAACUUUGCCAACCAACACUGGGAGGCUUCACACUCCACACAGGGAUCUUGUGCCAACCAUCACGGCCAUCUGCCAAUGUAGGCUUCAGGCAGGAUGUUGUCAACGCAUUUGUUACCCUAAAAACCCAAAACAA